CAGGUGACCAGGCGAAAGUAUGGGAAAAAAUUCUCUUUACCAUCUUAUCCGCAUGUAUGGCAGGAAUUCUUUUGAGUUUAUGUAUCUGCAUCCUUGUGGCAAGGGAAAGAAGCCAGAAAGAGAGGAGCAGACUUAUUGGUCAAGCUGUUCCAUUGCAACAAAUUGGUGCCCAAAAGGAUCAGAUGAAUCCUCCAGACUUUCCAUUAAUUAGUUUAGCUACCAUACAUGCAGCUACAAACAACUUUUCUGAUUUAAAUAGGCUUGGCCAAGGUGGAUUUGGCCCUGUUUAUAAGGGAACACUACCCAAUGGAAGGGAAGUAGCAAUUAAAAGGCUUUCAAGUGGUUCUGAGCAAGGUUCAGUGGAGUUCAUGAAUGAAGUAUCACUAAUACUGAAACUUCAACACAAAAAUUUAGUGAGGCUUUUGGGUUGUUGCACAGAAGGAGAAGAAAGAAUUCUUGUCUACGAGUACAUGCCUAAUGGUAGCCUCGAUUUCAUCCUCUUUGAUCCAAGGAGACGCGCUCAUCUUAAUUGGAGUACUCGCUACAACAUCAUUUGUGGAAUUGCCCGCGGCAUCCUCUAUCUUCAUGAAGAUUCUCGACUUAGAAUCAUUCAUAGAGACCUAAAAGACAGCAAUGUGCUGCUGGACAAGGACAUGAAUCCAAAGAUCUCAGAUUUUGGCAUGGCAAGGAUCUUUCCUGGAAAUAAUGGUGAAGCUAAUACUGCUACGAUAGUGGGGACAUAUGGAUACAUGGCUCCUGAGUAUGCUAUGGAGGGAGUAUAUUCCACGAAGUCCGAUGUUUUUAGCUUUGGAGUUCUUUUGCUAGAGAUUGUAAGUGGAAGAAAGAAUGCAGGUUUCCAUCGGUCCAAACAUGCUCCCAGCCUUCUAGAUUAUGCAUGGCAGCUAUGGAAAGAGGGAAGAGGGUUGGAGUUGAUGGAUCCACUGUUAGUAGAAACUCAUAAUGCGAGUGAAGUCUUGAGAUGCAUCAAUGUUGGACUAUUGUGUGUUAAAGAAGACUCAACGGAUAGACCUACUAUGUCACAUGUCAUCCUUGUGUUGAGAAGUGAAUCUCUUUCUCUCCCACAACCUCAACAGCCUGCAUUUUCUGUUGGUCGAUUCACUCCAGCAAUGAUCGAUGAUAUUUCUGCCAAUUAUGUAACUAUUACAGAUUUUAUUCCUCGUUGAGUGACUUGGAUUAAAAUUUUACGAGUAAAAAAAAAGAAAAAUUUAAACAUUGAUAAAAAAAAAAGGAAAUAUCCAUCUU